AUGAGGUUUGCAGGGAAAUUAUUCCAUUAUGAUAUCACCCGCGACUGGUCAGACCAUGCUUUAUGGUGGCCCAAGAAGUUCAGAUGGUUGACGCAUACCAGAUAUGGUGUGACGGCCGAUGCAUUGUUGUACUUCACGCCAAUGCAUAAAAGUGCUCGCGUGGAACUGCCGGACAUGCAGAUCAUAAACGCACGGCUGGACUUCAGCUUGCCGAUGUUCAGUGCCGUCAUCCACCUGUGCAAGGAACUAGGUAUCAGGCAUCCGGAAGAACUAUCGUUGAAGAGAUAUAUCGACUUCAGUAAAAGCGGUCAGAGCAGCUCUACUUCAGCUGAGCGCAAGCGCACUUCUCGUUCGCCGGAGGCCAGGAAGGAAGCUCCCCACUCUCAGUCCGCUUACAAUAUAUCUGAGUCAAAAGGAGACAAGAACAACAUGGACAGCAAAACGGCGGCGAAUUCGCUGGAGAUGAGCGACGGCGUCUUGACUACUCGUGCUGGCUCCCUUCCUCCGACCCCUCAUCACACUAGUGAGGAACCAUUCAUUACAACACCGUAUGUUUUAAGCUGUUCGACUCCAACCGAGAACGGCGGCACUUUGAAUUACAAAGAUAGCACGUUGUCCCGUUCACAGCGUCUCGUCACGUCUGGCUUUGAUUCGAGCGUCAUGAACGACUCAUUCGAUCCUGUUUUCGUUAACAGUCCCUCAGUUCAUCAUUCAGUGAUAAAGACUUCUUUAUUUCGGCCGAAAUCCUACGCCCAGAAGUGUUGUUUGAACCAGGGAUGGUUGGAUUCUAGUCGAUCACUGAUGGAACAGGGAAUCGUUGAGAACCAGCUGCUUCUGUUGCGGUUCAAAUACUUGACAUUUUUCGACAUUAACGCUAAGUAUGAUCCAGUGCGUAUCAACCAGCUCUAUGAACAAGCUAGAUGGGCAGUGCUGUUAGAGGAAGUAGACUCAACUGAAGAGGAGGCUUACAUGUUCGCUGCUUUACAGCUACAAGUUCAAUUACGAGCCGAAAUGAAACAGGAAGAGGAAACGGCAAGCAACGUCGAUGACGUCGAUCGAAUGCUCAACGAGUUGGAGAACACGUUGAAAAUCAGUUCCGUCUAUCGGAAUCAUAAUGACCUCACAUCUGUGCCUGAGUUAGCUGAUUAUCUGAGGUUCAUGAGGCCAAAGAAGCUCAGUCUCAAAAAUUGGCGUCGGGCCUUUUUCACCUUCCGGGAUCUGUCAAUCACUUGGUACCCAUCAGCCUCAGAAAGCCAUACUGAAUACCUUGGCCAGUUUGGACUGAAGGGUUGUGAGGUCAGUCACGAAGUGAAUCUUGCCGAGAACAAGUACUGCAUUAAACUGCUCAUUCCGUCUGCUGGAGGAAUGAGCGAAUUCUGGCUUCGUUGCGAUACGGAACAACAAUACGCAAGAUGGUUGGCUGCGUGUAAACUGGCUGCAAAAGGCAAGACGAUGGCUGACUCAAGCUUUGAGAUCGAGGUAGAGACCAUUCGCCGCCUGCUGGACAUGCAGCACCCUUCGUUGAACCCGGAUUCAGGGGUAGUUCCGCGGGUCUCCGUACCCCCAAUGGACUUCAACCCUAACGACUUCUUGCCACUGCGGUACACGAAGAAGGUCAGGUCGAAACAGACUAUGAUCCAGCGUAUCGUCGAGGCGCACCACAACAUCAACGACUUGUCACUAACGGAUGCCAAGCUGCAGUACAUCAGGGCGUGGCAGACCCUUCCAGAAUUCGGCAUUCAUUAUUUCGUGGUCAGAUUUAAAAACUCAAAGAAACCGGAUUUACUGGGAAUUUCGUACAAUCGCUUAAUGAAAAUGAAUCUGGAGACUGGUGAUUCGGUGAAGACCUGGCGAUUCAGUAACAUGAAACGUUGGCACGUCAAUUGGGAAAUAAAAAGAAUCUUUAUUCAGUUCGAAAAUGAAGAUGUCGAAUUCAGCUGCCUUUCCGCUGAUUGUAAGGUGCCCCAUGAGUUUAUUGGCGGAUACAUAUUUUCAUCGCUGCGAUCGAAAGAUCAGAACCAAGUGCUCAACGAAGAGCUGUUCCACAGGCUGACCAGCGGAUGGGCUUGA